AAAGGAUGGCAGUGCUCAGCUGGCAUACUGGCACACACUGGGAGGCUGGGUAGAGGAUCACAAGUUCAAGCCCAGCCUGGGAGUGAUGGCAGGGAGACCAGACGAAAACUUCCCAAAGGACAUCAACCUAAAGACGCUCGGACUGCACAGGUUGAGAGAGUUCCUAAAAAGCCCAAAGUGGCAAAGCAUACAGAAAAUGCGUGCAUCUACCGGUGGAGCCUGUCACCCACCUGACAAGAGCCAGGAUGCUGCCAGUGGGCGCAAGCUCCUUCAGAAGAACGAGAGGGUCUCCACUGAGCUGCAGGGGGUGAUGAAGGAGCUGAGGGCAUUGAGGGAAGCCAAGGAACAACUAGGCGCCAGAGUGGAGGAGCUGGAGAGGAGCUUGAUGGCAGUGCCCCCAGCCCUGGAGCCCCCAGCUGAGCCCUCGGAAGUUCACAUGGAGCUGCAAGAGUUAAGACAGCAGUUGGCCCAGAUGCAGGACAGUGUCCUAAGGCUGGCAGAAGAAAAACACCAGCUGGCCAGCGCGCUGCAGUCAGAGCAGCUUGAGAAGAAGGCGCUGGCCAGGAAGCUGGGCCAGCUGCAGGAGAAGCUGUGUGAAAUCACAGCAUUGAUGGCGCUGAACAGCCAGGAGGCCCAGCACCUGCAGCAGCAGGGGGACGAGCUGUUGUCCCAGGUGUGGCAGCAUGCUGAGUCCUGGCAGCAGUUGGCCAUGGAGAAGGAGGCCCUGUGUAGGCGCUUUGCUCUGCACAGAAACUUGGCAAGGCAAGCUAAAGGACAGCAAAAAAUGGUGGCCCUGGACCGAAUCCGCCAGGAGAUGCAGGAGGACCUGAAACCCUCCAGGCUGCAGGAGGAGCAGGCAGCCCAGCUGAGAGUCCUGGCCCUGGCUGGGGCAGUGGACGUGAAGCAAUGGCCUGUGGAGGCUCCGGGGUCCAACACCACCAUCCCGGAAGACUCAGGCAGCUCAGAGGCCUUGGAACACCAGGCUCCGCUGCCCAGAGGCCUGAGGCAGCAGAAUGGGCAAUGCCAGUGCGUGGCCCAUCUGGUGGCCCUGAUCCAGGACACACCUGUGGAGGGGGCUCCCACCCUCAGGAGCAGUGGUGACCGUGUACCCACCGGGAAGCUGCAGGUGAGCCAGUCCUGCCCGGCCGGGAAGGGUGGGCAGGGCAGGUGGGCAUGGAGCCCUGACCCUGCUGCUCUGGCUCCUUCUGCUGCUGGGGUCUUGCAGGGGGAGAGACAUGGCCUAGGGAGCAGAGGCUGUGAGGUGUGGGCUUGGGAACCCUGCAAGUGA